CUCUACUCUCUCUCUCUCUCUAACGUCUUUGGUCUGCGCUCUCUUUCUCUCUCUAGAAAAUUGUGAUCGCCAUGGACAAGGAUUGCGAUUCUGGGGAGCCCACUCUAUCUUCGGCCUCUAAGAAGCUGAAGCACACUAAGGUUGCUUCAGUCAGUUCCAGUAAUUCUUCUAGCCUGGCAGGAUCCACUCAUGGUGCUGAUACCCUCAAGAGUACUAGUAUCUCUAAUUCGACGGAAUCAAUGAAUAUGGAUGGUUCUAGUUCUGAUUUGUCAUACCAUGAUGAUGGGGAUCAUGAAGAUGGUGACAACUCUGCUAGCGAUUCCGAUUAUUAUCCUGAUUAUGAUGAUGAAGAUAUUUAUGAGGACUAUAAGGAAUUUUCGUACAUCGAUGAAUAUUCACUAUUGCAAUCUAAUUUUGACAAUGUGAAUGUGCCUGCUGGGGUGGAAGCGUCAAUUCCCUUGUUCAGUGGUUCAUUAGGUAAAAGCAUUCAGGAAGCAAAGACUUUAACUAUUUCAGAUGAUCCUGAAACUGAAAAGAAGGAAACUGUCACGAGCAGUUCAACAGUUCAUGCCGAGUCAAGUUCUAAUGUUAAGGUAGAAGGCAAAAACAAUGAUUAUACCGUGGAGAUAUCUCAAUUCAAGAAAUUUGAUGUGGUGGAUGAUUUCACAGACCAUCAUUAUGCCCAAAGUGGAUUUUGGGACACGAAGCCACCCAAGGACUGGGCAAAGAAAGUUCAGGAGGAGUGGAAAAUCCUGGAGAAUAACUUACCGGAUACUAUUUUUGUUAGAGUUUGUGAAGCAAGGAUGGAGCUUCUAAGGGCGGUUAUUGUAGGACCUGCAGGCACUCCAUACCAUGAUGGUCUUUUUGUCUUUGAUUGUCUCUUUCCUACUAACUAUCCCAAGUCACCUCCAUCUGUGUACUAUUAUUCUGGGGGUCUUCGACUAAACCCAAAUCUGUAUAACUGUGGCAAAGUUUGUCUCAGUCUUUUGGGAACCUGGAGCGGUAAAAAGAAUGAGAAUUGGGUCCCGGGGAAGUCAACCAUGCUGCAAGUUUUGGUCUCCAUACAAGCACUCAUUCUAAAUUCACGACCUUUCUUCAAUGAGCCUGGGUUUGAAAGAUAUACUGGAGUGGAAGGGGAGAGAAGAUCUAAUAAGUACAAUGAGGAUGUCUUUAUUCUAUCUUUGAAGACGAUGAUCUAUACAUUAAGGAGGCCUCCUAAGCAUUUUGAGGAUUUGGUUGCUCAAUAUUUUCGCUGUCGAGCAAAUGAUAUUCUGGUCGCAUGUAAGGCUUAUAUGGAGGGCGCUUUGGUUGGAUCCAAUAUCAAAGAUAGAGUGAACAACCAAGUUGAUCAAAAUAGUGGCUCGAAGGAAUUCAAGUCUGCCGUAGCUGGUAUGAUGAAUUUGCUCCUUACAAGUUUCUCGCGAAACGGGACGCCAGGGUGUGAGGUGCAUCGACUUCUAGCUGAAAAUUAAUUUAACGAAGUGGCACCAACACAAGGCAGUAAUAAUUGUAGAUUCGUAGGCUUGGAAGAAGCAAUUUUUUGUAAUCUUUUAUAUAUAUAUAUAUAUAUAUAUAUUCUGUAGUCA